GGCCAAUUGCGUCUCCAAAUCCAAUACAAUUCAUUCCCUUCAAAAUGUUUUAAGUCUCUCUCGUAAAACAUCCUUACUCCUUGUCUCCUUCUUCAUUUCGCGGUCGUGAUGCCGCGAUCUUCCAUCACGACCACAGAAUUUACCGUUUCAAAACCCUAGUUUCGCCCCAAACGCAACAAAAGAAAAAGGAAAUUCUUUUGCUUUCUCUAAUUCGGUACGAAUUUGGGUUGGAACGGCAGCGAUUUGAGAAAGGACAGGAUGUUUGGGGCGUGGAAUAAUAUAGCAAAAUCGGCAGAGGCGGUGGUUUCCCGGUGGGCGGUGAAGAGGUUGUUUAAAUUUUUGUUGAAGAAGAAACUUGGGCAAUUUAUUCUAGGGGAUAUUGAUUUGGACCAACUCGAUUUUCAACUCACUGAAGGCACCAUCCAGCUCUCCGAUCUCGCCCUUAACGUAGAUUAUCUUAACCAGAAGAUUGGUUCAGCGGCAUCCUUGGUUAUAAAAGAGGGAUCUAUUGGCUCUUUAUUAGUUAAAAUGCCUUGGAAGGGUAAAGGAUGUCAAGUUGAGGUUGAUGAACUUGAGCUGUUACUUUCCCCUUGUUUGGAGAAUCAUUUGUCAAGUGCAGAUGAAAAUUGUAGUUCUAGUGAUGAUUGUAACCAUUAUAUGCAAGGCAACUUGGGGCAAAUUUCAAAUGACGUUGCUGGAAGUGCUGGGAAGUCUGAUAAUAUCCAUGAAGGUGUCAAGACAAUUGCAAAGAUGGUGAAAUGGUUUCUUACAAGCUUCAAUGUAAAGAUUAAAAAGUUAAUUGUUGCAUAUGAUUCAUCUCUAGAGAAGGAUGAAAAAUUGGGCUUCCAUAGGACUUUGGUGCUUCGGAUAUCAGAAACGGAAUGUGGAACUUGUGUUUCUGAAGAUGCUGGUUUAGGUGAUGAAGUUAGAACUCACAGUUUUCUUGGAAUUAGCCAACUUACUAACUUCGUUAAAUUCCAAGGAGCUGUACUUGAGCUCCUUCAUUUGGAGGAUGUUGAUAAUCAAUCUUGCACUCCACACAUAUCAGGAAUGACUUUUUCUGGAUUGUAUUCGGAUUGCUUGCCACCAAAUGCUGCUAUUCCAAUCAUUUCAGGGAAAAGAGGUGGAUUUUCCGGGAAUUUGAAGCUAAGCAUUCCCUGGAAGAAUGGUUCCUUGGACAUUCGCAAAGUGGAUGCGGAUGUUUCUAUUGAUCCGCUAGAAUUAAUUUUUCAACCUAGCACAAUAAAAUGGUUCUUACUUUCAUGGGAAACUUACAAGAAUUUUGUCAAGGUUGGGAAGAAUAUUGUGGACUUUGAGACAGAAGACUCUAUAUACUUAAAUUCUAAUUCUCAAUUCCAAUCAACAACGCCUGUUUCUGCUGUGACUGUCAUUGAUAAAGUGAUAGCAAAUCAGGCUAGUUUUCCUGUAGACUGUACUUCCAUGCAUGUGCAAGAAUCUGUAGUCGAAGCUGUACUACCUGUUUCACAUAUUAUACCUAAUUGGGUACCACUUUCUGUUGGCAAAAGCCAUAGAGAUUGUGUUGGAGAGGUUGAUUUUGGGGCAAGUGUGGACCAGUUUUUUGAGUGUUUUGAUGGAAUGAGAAAUUCACAAUCAGCUUUGGGAAGCAGUGGAAUGUGGAACUGGACAUGUUCUGUUUUCAGUGCAAUAACUGCUGCAUCCAGCCUUGCAUCUGGAUCUUUGCAUAUUCCUUCUGAACAGCAGCAUGUUGAAACUAAUCUUAAAGCAGCCUUUGCUGGAAUUUCUAUUGUGUUGUCCUUUCAUGAUGAAGAUCAGGAUCAUUUGUAUGAUCUAAAUGGUGAUGUAAUCAAUAACAGUUCCAAUAUUCAUUAUUUGGGCAUAGAAUGCAGAGAUAUCUCCCUUCUUGUGCAGGUAUAUCCUCAAGAAAUAAGGUUUGAAGGAACAAUGGACCAUGUUGAAGCUGCUGAUUAUUUGUGCUGUAAGAAGGAUGGAGGGGAUUGUAGCAAUAACAUUGACAGUAUUUCAAUCAGAAACCUGCAAACUGAAGUUCAACGUGCUCUCCCUCUAUUUUUCUCAGCUGCUGGAUAUCAAUCAUCAGAUGUAUUCUGUGGGUUAGUUUCUGCUGAUUUUCCAUCCGCAGACAAGGGUGAUAUGCUCAAAAUAAUGUUGUUUGCAACUUCUGGUGUCACUCAUUGCCAAUGUACUAUGAGUUCUAGAUCAUCGGCCGGUGGUUUUUCAGGGCCAACAUCUUUUUUAUUGAACCUGCCACCUCUUAUUUUUUGGUUUAAUUUCUGCUUGCUAAAGAUGUUAUCAGAUCUCUUGAAGGAAGUUGGAAAAUCUAUUGAAAUGGGUAAUGGUUAUAACAAACACUUGUCUGAUGCUUGCAAUGAGAAGUGUGAAUCAUCUCAUUCGAAUGUUAAAAGAAGUUCUGGACCUAGCAUUACAACCUUGUCUUCAGCAGAAACUUUGCAAGGUAAUAUAUCAAUCCCCAAUGCAAGAGUAAUUCUGUGUUUCCCUCUUAUGACAGGCGGAGGUGAUGGGGGAUACUCUUCUUGGGACCAAUUUAUUGUUCUUGAUAUUUCUUCACCAUUACCAUCGAAUGGCAGAAUGCAAGACAAUAGUCCAAAUCUUGAUGGAAGUAUGCCGAAGCGGUUUUCCUCAUCUGGCACAUUUUCUUUACACCUGAACAUUGGUAAUCUUUGUGUUUACUUGGUGUCAUCUGCACAUAAAGGUGGUAUUGGAAUUGACUGUGGUGGUAUGCAGAGGCAUGAAUUUUCUGCUCAAAAAAUUUUAUCCAUCAACAACAGGACCGGGUGUCUUUCUGUCAUUAGUAUGUUUUGGCAGGAAGGUCCUGUGACUGGCCCUUGGAUAGCAGAGAGAGCCAAGUUCUUAGCAACACUAGAAGAAAACAGGAGCAGAAAUAAAUCCAUGGGAAAAGGUUAUGAGUUUGCCACUGUUACUACUCUGAAAGAUCUUGAUGAUAUAAGUGCUCAAACCCGACAGGAGAUACUUUUGAGCACUGCAUGUUUUGUUCACAUUCAUCUGUUUCCAGUUAUAAUUGAUCUAGGAAGUUCACAAUAUAGUGGCUUACAUAACCUUUUAAACCAGAUGAUUACUGGAUUGUCAUGUUUCUCCUGCGAUGCAACUGGUAGCAAAGAAGGGAAUUCCAUGACUCAAACGUCAGUUCUUCUGGAAUGUGAUUCUAUAGAAGUUUCGAUCAGACCAGAUGCUGUUGAAAAUGUGAAAGGUUCAAUGCAGAGUGAACUUCCAGGUUCGUGGGGUUGUCUAAAACUGAAAAUUCAGAAAUUUGAUUUGCUAUCUGUUUCAAAUAUUGGGGGUAUGAGGGAUUCGAGUUUCCUAUGGUUAACCCACAGUGAAGGUACAUUAUGGGGUUCAGUCUCUGGGGUUCAAGAUCAGGAGUUUCUUUUAAUAUCGUGUAAUGACUCUGCAAUGAAACGCGGUGAUGGAGGAGGUUCAAAUGCUUUAUCUUCUAGGUUGGCUGGUUCAGAUAUUGUGCACUUCUGGGAUCCUGAGAGCUACCAAGAUUUUACAUCUAUAACUGUGAGAUGCAGCACAAUUGUUGCAGUAGGUGGCCGUUUGGAUUGGAUGGAUGUGAUUUGCUCCUUUUUUAGUUUGCCCUCAGUAGACCCUGAACAAUCUGAUGAUAGUAAUUUACAAAAGAGAGAUUUUGACACCCUCCCUCAUGGAGCUUCUUUUGUUCUUAAAUUGGUUGAUGUUGCCUUGAGUUAUGAGCCCUACUUAGAGAACUUCGCUCUUCAUAGCGAAGUUCUUGAUUCAGAGUCUGCUUCUUCAAAUGCCAGAGAAGACAUGUCUGAGCCCUAUGUAGCUUGCCUGUUAGCUGCAUCUUCCUUCUGUCUUUCAAAUUCAACAGUGGUAGAUUCCCUAAAUAAUGAAUAUAAAAUUAGAGUACAAGAUCUGGGUCUUCUUCUUCGUGCAGUUUCAGAAUGUGACAAACUUGGGGGUGCUUAUAGUGCUAAACAACUUAAUCAGGGUGGUUAUGUUAAAGUUGCUCGGGAGGCACUUAUUGAAGCUGUUGUGAAAACUAACUGUAACAAUGGCCUACUCUGGGAGGUAGGGUGUUCUAAAUCUCAAAUUGAUGUGGAAACCUGCCAUGACACCACAUCUGGUUUGAUUCGCUUGGCUGCUCAACUCCAACAUUUAUUUGCCCCUGAUUUGGAGGAAUCAAUUGUGCAUUUACAAACACGGUGGAAUAAUUUUCAGCAGGCACAACAGAGGAAUGAUGAGAAAAGUAGGGUCCUGAGUUGUGACUCUGGCCCAUCAACUUCACAAAUUCAUACUGCUAGUGUGGAUUUAGAAGGUAAAUGUGGGCCGGCUGGCUUGAUGGAUGAGAUAUGUGAAGAUGCAUUUCUCUUGGAUGGAAAUGAGACCUCCCAGUUUAAUUCUUCUGAGUCACAAUGUUAUCUUUCCCUUGAGGAAAGUCUUGCUGAAGAGGCUUGUAGCUUAAGCUUUGAAAAUGCUGAGAUGUUUUCUCACCAUCUACCUGUUAAUGGGAUAGGUCUUGAAAGUUGUCAAACUUCCUUUCUACAAAAAGAUUACUUCCCAGAACUCAUAGAAAGUUACUGUCUAUCUGAUUUACGCCCCCUUACAGAAUUAUCUACAGGAAUAAAAUCGUCGCAUGAGGUACUAAAAUACAGAUCCAUACAUGUGGGGGAGGGAGAUUUUGGAAGAGAGAAUAGUGGAUGGUAUGAGGAUGCUUCUUUAAGAAUUGUAGAAAACCACAUUGUAGAAUCAAGCGGAAAAGCUGGCUUGAAAGAAAUUGUGGAAGGCAAGCUUUCAUACUGUGACUCUAGGGUACAUGAUAAUACAAUGAACAUCAUAGGACGUGUACUUCUUAAGAACAUUAAUGUUAGAUGGAGAAUGUAUGCGGGCUCUGACUGGCAGGAAACUAUAAAGUGUAAUAAGCUGUCCAAAAAUAUUCAUGGAAGGAAUGCAACUGUAUGCCUGGAGCUUGCAGUGUCUGGGAUGGAAUUUCAAUAUGACAUUUUUCCUGCUGGUGGAAUAUCUGUGUCCAUGCUUUCUCUUUCAGUUCAUGAUUUUCAUCUUUAUGAUGAGAGCACAGAUGCACCUUGGAAACUGGUUCUAGGAUACUAUGAUUCAAAAGAUCAUCCUAGGGAAUCCUCUUCAAAAGCACUCAAACUGGUGCUAGAAGCUGUCAGACCCAAUCCUUUUACACCUCUCGAGGAGUACCGGUUACGCAUUGCUUUUCUUCCUAUGCUGUUACAUCUUCAUCAAAGCCAACUUGAUUUUCUUAUCAGCUUUUUUGAUGAAAAAAGCUCAUCAAUUGACCAGUCUACAGGUGGUCCUGAUUUGUUUGUAAAGAGCAAUAAUCUCACUGGUCAUUCGAUUGCAAAUGAGGCAUUGCUCCCUUAUUUUCAGAUGUUUGAUAUAUGGCCCAUUCUUGUACGAGUUGACUAUAUUCCCCACCAUGUUGAUCUGGCAGCACUGAGAGGUGGAAAAUAUGUGGAACUAGUAAACGUUGUUCCAUGGAAGGGAGUUGAGCUAGAACUUAAACAUGUUCAUGCUGUUGGUGUCUAUGGCUGGGCCGGUGUUUGUGAAACAAUUAUAGGGGAGUGGUUGAAAGAUAUUUCUCAAAAUCAGAUUCAUAAGGUAUUGUGUGGCCUUUCUCCUGUCGGAUCCUUGGUUGCUGUUUGUGCUGGUGCUGCAAAGCUGGUUUCUUUUCCGCUUGAGAGCUACAGGAAAGAUCAGAGGGUACUGAAGGGAAUGCAAAGAGGUACAAUUGCAUUCCUUCGGAGUAUAUCACUGGAAGCUGUUCGACUUGGUGUGCAUUUGGCAGCAGGGACGCGUGACUAUUUGCAUCAGGCUGAGUAUAAGUUCACAAGUGUCCCUCCUCCUGCAUCAUGGCCUUCACAAGACAAGACAAAGACUAAUGUGAGACAUAAUCAGCCUAAAGAUGCCCAACAAGGAAUUCAACGGGCUUAUGAGAGCAUCAGUGAUGGGCUGGAGAAAUGUGCUUGUGCUUUGGUCCAGACACCAUGGAAAAAAUACCAACGUGGAGCCAGUGCGGGUUCUGCAUUGGCAACUGCCAUUCGGGCAGUUCCUACAGCUGCUAUAGCUCCAACUUCUGCUUGUGCAAGUGCAAUACACUAUACUCUACUUGGAGUCAGAAAUAGCCUUGAUCCUCAACGCAAGAAAGAGUCGAUGGAGAAAUAUUUGGGUCCAAUUCUGCCACAGGAACCAAAUUAAUCGAGUAGCUAAUAGUAUAAUCUGGAGCAUUUCGUUUGACUGAAGAUUGUCAAAGACAACAUGGAGAGUUCUACUUUUCUGUGUGCAGUUAAUCAAGCCAUCGUACUGAUUCUUUCCCGUCAUUGGAACAGGAAGAGACGGUAAAUUUUGUAGAAAAUGUAAAUAUGUAUAUCGGUAAUUAUGAGCCAGGUUAUUAGCUCUACACGGAUGAGUUGAAAUCUUAGUCUUCCGACCUAGAUAGUGUUAUUCUUGUCAAGCCUGGCACUGUGCAUAUUGUUGCUGUAUGUUGUACAUGAAUUCAUUGUCAUGUUUGUCAAUUAAAAAAACAAAAAAAAAAAAAAAAAUCCAAUUGUUGAAGGAUUUGUCGACAUUUUCUGUUCAACUUAAAAUUGUGAUUUAAAGUUUAGACAGCUUUCUUUUCCUUUUUCUUCGUCUUUUUAUUUUCUCUUCUCAACAAUGUCGGUUAUAUGUUCAUGAAUUAUGGAUGGAGCAUAGUUUUC